AUGAGCCCUGCUCUGCUUCCAGCCCUCCUAGGCCUCACACUUGUGCUGCCCCGAGCACAGGCCUUGAUCUGUCAGCCUGGAACAGCAGUAACUGUGAGGAAUGUAACAGAAGAGUCCUUUCAGCAGACCUUUGGCAGGAAGAUCUGCAGUGAGGGCUGGGGUUGCCAAGACACACUGAUGUUACUUGAGAAUGGACCCCAAGUGCUCCUAGUACUCACCAAGGGCUGUACCCAGGAGGAGGAUCAAGAGGCUCGUGUCACACAGCACCGGGCAGGUCCGGGUCUCUCCAUUGUCUCCUAUACCCAUGUGUGUCGCCACAAGGACCUCUGCAAUGACCUCUCCACCACCCUCCCUUUCUGGAACUUGUCUCUCCCUGCAGGGUCCAUGCAGUGCCCAGUCUGCUUGUCUACAGAAGGCUGUGAGUCUGUGACAGAGGUGACCUACCCCAUUGGGCACUCACACUGCUACAACGGGAUCCUCGAGCUCAGGGGAGGGGGCAUCAACAGCAAACUGAGAGUCCAGGGAUGCAUGUCCUAAGCAGCCUGCAACCUACUUAAUGAGACUCGGGAAAUUGGGCCCUUGUCUGUGAGUGAAAACUGUAAUGCUGAUGCUUUUCGGACCUGUCAACAGGGAUUCACGUUUUGGGCUAAACCAAACUUGAGUAAGGAACCGGAAGAAUGGAAUACAUUUAAGAAUGUGACAUGUUUUUUGGAGGAGGUGUGCCAGGAGACUCUUCUGCUCAUAGAUGUAGGACCCAGCUCACUCACUGUGGGGAGUAAAGGUUGUGGCAGGACUGAGACACAGAAUUCCAAGACUCUCUCCAUCUACUCGAGUCCCCCUGGAAUGGUUGCCGCCUCCUAUGCCAAUUUCUGCUCCUCCAAUGGGUGCAACAGUGCCCUCAGUACCAGUCUCCUGCUGAACUCUAUCCAUCAUUCAGGUGACACUGCCCCAGGAGACCUUCAGUGUCCUGCCUGUGUGGACUUUGGUAGAUUCUGCACAGACUCUGAAAAUGUCACGUGCCCUAAGGGUGCCACUCAUUGUUACAAAGGUUACAUCAGUCUCGAAAGAGGUGAACUGUCUGAGGAUGAAAAUAAUGAUCUCCAAAGUGGGGCUGCUCCUAUCCCCUACCUGGCUCAGGUGGUGGGGCUGGGGCUGUCCCUAGCCCUUUGUUGUGGGAUGACCUCCAUGCUCACUCUAUUUCCCUAUGUUUCUUAG